CACCACGUCUUCUUAAUUAACAAUGUCUAGCAGAAGAUCACGUUCGAGACAAUCCGGUGCUUCCUCUGAGAUCACUGAGGCUCAAAUCACCGAUCUCAUCUCCAAGUUACAACAACUUAUCCCUGAGCUUCGUGCAAGGCGUUCCGACAAGGUUUCAGCUGCUAAGGUAUUGCAGGAGACUUGCAACUACAUAAAAAACUUGCACAGAGAGGUUGAUGAUCUAAGUGAACGAUUAUCAGAGCUUUUGGCCACAACAGACUCCAACAGUGCUCAAGCAGCCAUUAUUAGGAGCUUACUUAUGUAAUAAUAAUCUAAUUAUAGCUAGUGCAUUUAUAAUGUCGUGUGCAUGUCCAUUUCUCACUUUAUUAUUAUCCUCUCUUGUGGGUAGGGUUUGGUUUGUAGACCAACGCAAAGGGCUACCAUAUGGGCUCUAUGUUAGUCCUUAAUUAGUUUUAUGUAACACUUUGUAGUGAUUAUCAUCAGCUUCUCUAUAGCUGUAAA